UUGUAAAAUAGGAUGAUCGUUUACUCUUUUAAUAAAUUCGUCGUAACCUGUAGGUAAUUUCUUUGUACGAAUCCCUUUAUUUCUAAUUAUAUGAUUUACAAUUUCCUCAACAUUACUUGUAAUUAAUGGAUAAUCGUUACCAAUUUUUCUGGCAAGUCUUCCAUCCUCCAAAAUGCCUAGUAUAUCAGCAUUCUCUCUUAAAUAUUCCAGUGCUUGAUCUUUUGGAUCAGCAUCACUUUCAGCUGACUGGUAUUCUUCUUCUUCAAAAGCCCCGCCCCCUUCCUCUUCAACUUCCUCCUCACUCUUAAUUGGAAUGUGUUUUUUCUUUCCAAUUUUUCUUUUUACCUUUUUUCUCAGGACUAUUCUAGAAUUGUUUACACCUAAAUUUUCAGAAAAAUUUCUUACAUUUACAUUUAUCGGUUUUUCCUCCUUUUCUUUUAAAAGUUUGUUAAAUCUCUUCAAAUUCUGCUCAUAAU